AUGAAGUUCAACGCCCUUCUUCUUGCUUUGGCCACCACGGUCGUCGCAGCACCGACUUCAGAUGUCACCACCCUAAAACGCCAGGAUAUCAACACUGUCACUGACCAGCUCCUCUUCUCUGUGACUCUUCCUGAGUUUGAGACUCGUCGUAACAGGAAGGAUCCCGCGUCCCUGGACUGGUCUUCAGACGGCUGCACCAGUUCCCCUGAUAACCCAUUUGGAUUCCCUUUCCUCCCUGGCUGCCACCGUCACGACUUUGGCUACCAGAAUUACCGAGUUCAGAAGCGCUUCACAAAACCAAACAAGGCCAAGAUUGAUCUCAAUUUCAAGUCCGACUUAUACUUCCAAUGCAAGGAUGUGGCAGCCAAAACUGCUUGCGAAAAACUCGCAAACGUCUAUUAUGAGGCCGUGAAGCUCUUUGGCGGUAGUGACGCUACCAAGCGUAACACUGCGUACGAACAGGCAGUUGAGGAGUACAAUGAGGCUGUCAAGGAGGCCCAGGAACAGGGUCUGUUGCCCAUUUUGGACAAUUGA